UGUGGCUAUAUCGGUGACAAGCUGUCAGCCUAUUCUAUUUUCACUUUAAUAAAAAUUUCAAUAAUGUCUUGUAAAUAUUAGAGAAUAAAGAGAAAGAUAGAGGAGAGUAAAAAUAACAACGAGUGAGUAAGAAAAAGAUAGAGAGAAAAAAAGCGAAGAAAAGGGUACAGAGCGGCGCAGUCGUAUAUGCAAAUUUUUUUUGCCCUGUUUGCACUCGAUCGGCGGCCGCAGCUCAAUGGACAAACUCGUUAGAGUUUUGUUAAGCGUUCGAGAAUUCAAAGUCAGGAAUGACGACGACUUUGUUGAUAAGCUCAACCGCCAAUACUCCGUAUCUUUGCUAGUAACUUUUAGUUUGAUUGUUAGUACGAAACAAUUUGUUGGAGAGCCUAUUAAAUGCUGGUGUCCAGCACAUUUCACCGAAAGUCAUAGGGAUUAUGCAAAUACUAUUUGUUGGUUAUCUAAUACCUAUUAUGUACCUUUCGAAGAAGGAAUACCAACUGAUAUUGGAGUUCGAACCAGACCGAAGAUCAGCUACUACCAAUGGGUUCCUCUAGUCCUCCUCAUAGAAGCCCUUAUGUGUUUCAUACCUUGCCUAAUAUGGCGAAUAUUACACAAACGAUCUGGUAUUAAUUUAUCAGCCAUUCUUGAUGUGUCUAGAGUGUGUGAACGUUCAACUUAUGGAGAAGUUAGGGAAAAAAGCGGCAGGUACUUAGUCAGUCAACUGCACAAAUUCUUUACCGUACAAAGGGGUAAGAAAGGAUGCGUAGAAAAUAUUAGUAAGCGAUGCUGUCUGGUUGGUGGAAAGCGUUAUGCUGUCGACCCGAAACGUCUAUACGGCUUAGAAAUUAUAAGGAAGCUUAUAGAAGGAACCGAUUGGACUGAGAUCGAACGAUUUCCCCGCGUAACCCUCUGCGAUUUCAAAAUACGUCAUUUGGGACGUCUGCUACCUUAUGUUGUCCAGUGUGUUCUAACAAUCAACUUAUUCAAUGAGAAGAUAUUUUUAAUUAUUUGGUUCUGGUUUCUAAUUUUAUCCGCCCUAACUGCACUCAGUCUGGUUAAAUGGUUUACUCUAGCCAUCUAUUGGCCCGGUCAAGUCGAUUAUGUAAGGCGUCAAUUAACAUCGAUCGGUGUCGACGAUUGCAGCGUUAAAUCCAGGGUUAGAAAUUUUGUAGUUGAUUAUUUAAGGAGAGACGGUCUUUUUGUUCUGAAAUUACUGACUUUGGGUGGUGGUGAGAUGGUUUGCGCUGAAACAUUGAGCGGACUCUGGUCGAACUAUGCACCGGAUAGACGCUACGGUCGCGACGUGACCAACGCUAAGCGUCGAAGGGACGACUGCGUUUAGAGAGAGUAAAUACACAAAAUUAUAUACAAAAAAAACCUAGCGUAUCAUUUAGCGGUCAGUUUAAGUAGGCGGUUAAGGCAAGUCCGCCCACUUUUGACAAACCUAUAAUUACAUAUGACAAUGUAAAUAAAGAAAUGACAAAGAGGAGGGAGAGAAGUAGAUGGAAAAAUAAAUAUUUAAAAGGAAAACUUCUAGGGAAAGAAAAAAGGUAAGAGAAUAGAAACAAAAUGAACAAAAACAGCAACAAAAACCAUAGAUUAGUAGCAGCUUUCCGCCUUUUCCCCUCUCCGCCCCAUUAAACGCG